CAGAAUUUAUUUCAAGAGAACAAGAGAACCAACUUCUGGACUAGGUUAUUAAUAAAUCAGAACAAUCAAUUACCUGAUUAUAACCUGUCGUCGUUUCUGUCAAACGAAUUUUUUGUGACAUAGCGUCAAGUUCCAAAGAAACAGCCACUGUCUUACUUGAUGCGGAUUCUGAGUGCACCAUUGAGAACUAAGAUGCGGUUUCUUAUGUUGUUGCUGCUAAACUCGCUGAUGGUUACCAACUCCUUCGAAAUAAUCACUCGUACCCCGUCUCCUUUGCUCAACAGGAACUCAGACCAACUCAACGGCGCCAAUUUAAAAUAUGUUUUCUUUCAGGUCCCACCUUUCGUCGUAAUGAGUACGGGGCCCGACGGAAACUACACAGUCACUGGUAGCAAUUCAAAAAUGAUAGAUUGGCUGGCUCAGAAGCUCAACUUCACGGUUUCUUAUGUCUUAAUACCUAACGAAAUGACGAAAAGCAAAUACGGAAACAAAAGUGACAUCGCUGUCACAUUGAAUCUCAUCGCGGAAAGAGAAGUCGAUGGUUCGCCUGUAGGUUUCAUCCCAACUCCGGAGAGGGCAAUUAAAAUGGAUUUUGCAUAUUUUCUUACGGCGGAACCUCAUGCGAUGGUAGUACCUCGUCCUGGAGAGGAACCUCGGCUCUUUGCCUUCAUUCGACCAUUUCAAUCAUCAGUGUGGCUGCUUAUCUUCAUUGCCAGCAUCCUUAUGAUUGCAUCCAUGUGUCUAUUUUCAAAAGCUUACUCGAAAUUAUUAAUAAAUGAACGUGAAAACGAAGUUUCUGACACGACCGCACUGGAAUGGCUAGGUCAAUAUUCAAUAUACAUCGUCAACAUUUUAACAAAUCAAGGAAAUAGUGUUCCCGUCGCUCGACUCUCAUUUCGGGUUCUCGUUGGGACGUGGCUGCUGGUGGCCAUGGUCAUGGUCAACAGUUAUUCUGGCACUAUAAUUUCGUGUCUAACAGUUCCAAAAAUGAAACCGGCCAUCAACUCGUUCGAAGAUUUAGUCACAAUGGAAGAUGCUAAGCUCAUUUUACUAGCGGACACCGUCAUUGCGCAACAGAUACGAGAAAGUAAAUCCGGAGCAUCAAAGAUUUUGGCAGAUCAGAUUCGAAAUAAUCCGGAUCAAAUAUCAAGCAGUCUAUCAGAUGUUAACAACCGCAUGGAAACUGAACGUUAUGCCUUUCCAUUCCUUCAAACAGUUUCCAACGAUUACGUCGCCAGUGACUUCAAGAAAACGGGAAAAUGUCGGUUCAAAACCUCUGACCCAAUCACCAGCUUCCAAUUCUGGUGUUUCACUUUGCAAAAGAACAACAAGUUCACGCCGGUUUUUAAUGUUGCUAUGAUCGAACUCUGGGAAACUGGAUUGCCUCCGUUUUGGGUCAAAAAGGCCAUUUCAUCACCUCCGAAGUGUUUCGCCAAAGCAAAACCUCGGGCGUCUUCUCGUCAAGUUCCCAUUCGCUUGAAGGACCUGACUGGCGCAUUUUUCGUUUUAGGCAUCGGUUUUUGCCUGUCGUUGUUGGCCUUUCUCACAGAAAAGAUUCUCUAUCUCAGAUCUCGACGUCAACUUCAAGCGCGCCCAUCAGCGUUGAACAGUCUCAAUCAGGCAGUAUAUAAUUGUAUUAUAAUAAAUCCAAACUAAAUUAAGUCUGUUCAAAAUCAGACAAUGCGAGAAAAGCAAAACUGGAGUAGUUUUUAGUUUACACUACGCUUCAAAAAAAGCUUAAAUCUUUUUUCUUAACCAAUAUGACCCAUCCCUAUAUCCAAUAUGGCCCCAAAGGUGACCCAUCCUACUGUAUCUCUCCUUACCUAGCCUUAUUUCGUCACCUUUUCUGUAUUACGUUGUCUCAUUCGCUCAGCGAAGGUGACCCAUCCUACCUCUUCUGUGUAUUAUGUUGUUUCUCAUUUGCUCAGUGGCCUUGUGAAAGAUUAAAAGUUUAGUGUUCUUUUCUUUAACUAUAGCAAUCGCGUUGUUUGUUUUGUCUAAAAAUCUUGUAAUUUCACAAAUUCUGUUCAACGUUAAUUAAAGUA